AGCACUGAGCUCAGGUCCAUCUACAACACACUGUAACCAACCCUCCCCCUGGUAACCCUGGUCCAUCUACAACACACUGUAACCAAUCCUCCCCCUGGUAACCCUGGUCAGGUCCAUCUACAACACACUGUAACCAACCCUCCCCCUGGUAACCCUGGUCAGGUCCAUCUACAACACACUGUAACCAAUCCUCCCCUGGUAACCCUGGUCCAUCUACAACACACUGUAACCAACCCUCCCCCUGGUAACCCUGGUAACCCUGGUCCAUCUACAACACACUGUAACCAACCCUCCCCCUGGUAACCCUGGUCAGGUCCAUCUACAACACACUGUAACCAAUCCUCCCCCUGGUAACCCUGGUCCAUCUACAACACACUGUAACCAACCCUCCCCCUGGUAACCCUGGUAACCCUGGUCCAUCUACAACACACUGUAACCAACCCUCCCCCUGGUAACCCUGGUCAGGUCCAUCUACAACACACUGUAACCAAUCCUCCCCCUGGCAAACCUGGUCCAUCUACAACACACUGUAACCAAUCCUCCCCCUGGUAACCCUGGUAACCCUGGUCCAUCUACAACACACUGUAACCAAUCCUCCCCCUGGUAACCCUGGUAACCCUGGUCCAUCUACAACACACUAUAACCAAUUCUCCCCCUGGUAACCCUGGUAACCCUGGUCAGGUGCUGGAUGACAGGAAGCAGUGGUGGAAAGUGUGUAAUUGCUCCGGGGCGUCUGGCUAUGUGCCAAACAACAUCCUGGAGGUCACCAAGGCUGUGGACGUCACGGUGCGGGGGGAACCCAUCUAUAGCCAUACCAUACAGCUAAUGAUGCCAAAGAAGGAGUUUGAGUUGUUCAAGCAAUUACUGGGAGAGUUGAACGAGAAACAGCGGACGGACUACGUCCCCAAACCCAUGGCCACCCCCAUGCCCCCCAUCCCCACACCCCCAUCCCCACACCCCUCCCUCCUGCCCCGCCACGUCUCCCCACCCCUCCCCUGCCCCCCCAGCCGAACCCCCCCCCCUCCCAGCACGGUGAGCAGACAGAGCAGCAACACCUCCAGCGACUCCGGAAGCAUCCCAGCCAGCGUCACCAUGAGAGACCAACCAAACCAGAGACCCCCGCCAGUCAACCGGAGGAAGUCCAACAUGGAGGAUGUUCAGGACGCCUUCCUUCUUCAAGAUCCCUUUUUGAUGCAGCCCCGCCUCACGUUGGGUCACAUUGCCUCCACCAAAGCCCCCGCCAACAAGAACAGCCCCAGACAUUGCCUCCCCUGCCCCGAGGUCAAGGCCUGGCUGCAGCUGAAGGGGUUCAGCUCUGUUACCAUUACCAGUCUGGGAGUAUUAACCGGAGCCCAGCUGUUCUCUCUAAAUAAGGAGGAGCUGAAGACGGUGUGUCCAGACGACGGGGCCAGGGUCUUCAGUCAGGUGACCGUCCAGAAGGCUGCUCUGGAGAGGAGUUCAGGGUCAGAGCUGCAGGAGAUCAUGCGGAGGCGUCAGGAGAAGCUGUCGGUCACCGCCUGUGACUCCGGGGUGGGGGUCAUUUGACGAGUGCAGCAGCCACUGAACCCUCCGGGCCUCGCCCACCUCCCUCGUGACCACGCCCCUUUACGUUGUCACGGUUUCUGUUUCCAGGACGCCACGGAGCGCGCCCAGUUCGCUGAGAUCCUGAGACGACGUCAGCAGCUUCUGGAGCAGUCACCUUAGAAGCGAAGCAACACUAGACAGACAGACUGGAGGGUUCAACAUGGACUACAGCACACAGAGUUGCAUCCCAACUGGGGAUGCCUGAUGACAAUACCUGUGGAUUUAUACAAUGAACUAUUGUUUUUGAUUCAAAUGUGUCCGUUAUGUUUUGCACAGGAUGCUGAGAAAAAUAGAAGGAGAAAAUAGUUUAUAGUUUCAACCUACACCUCAUUGGACCAGAGUUGUCCUAGUUACAGGUAGGGG